GCUCACCAUGCUCACCGAGCCAUGGCGGAGUUUACUGGCCUUGACGUUGGAACAUUUCGCCCCAAGGUCGAUGCACUCUCAGAGCUGCGGCUUUUGAAGCAAAGCUUGGACUUCCGCAACCGAGAGUUGCAGGACAGCCGCAAGCGGCUGAGACAUACCCAGGGACGUUUGUCUCAGGCGUGCGAAGAUUUCAAGGCGGAGAGAGCUGGACUUCAGGCAGAGCUGCGAGCCCUUGGUGAAAGUGGAAAGCAGUUGGGGGACAGCCUCGCUGCACAGAAGGCCUUGCUGGAACGACAAUCUGAAACUCUGACCCACGAGCGCAUGAAUGUUGACCUUCUUCGUGACGAAGUACAACGCAUGCGCGAGGAGCAGCGCAAAAUGCCUGUUCAAGAGGGUGCACCUACGAAUCUGCGUGCCGCACGGCCAGGAGAACAUCUCUGGCAUUAGCCAUUCAGGUGCGUGGUCCGCUCUAAAAAACAUACAUCAUUUGCAAUUGAUUUGCAAUAGCAGAAGCGGUUGAUGCUCAGCUCCAGUGAGAAGAGGAUGGCGACUGUCGCCCCACUCAAACACUCUGCGGGAACUGGAACUUGUCGCUGUACAUUUCGAACAGAGAGAAAAUCCAUA